AAUUAUUGGAACUAUUGCAAAAAUGGAUAUAGGGGAGGAUGAUUAGCUAUGAUAAUUAAAGGCAAUAUGAAGUUAAGACAUGCAUAAGAAGUGGUUAAAACGGUGGAUCAUCAGAGGUGCUGAUGGAAGUCCCAAAAAAAGAUUGUAUAGGUGGCGAAAUUUUGUGGUUUGUACUAUAAUUUAUAUGUUAAAAUUAAAAAAAAAUUAUCUAUAAAUACAUAGAGUUUACUCUGGGGGAAAAAAUUCGCACGUGGAUUUUCCUGGAUCUGGUGCGCUUUGUCUGCAAAGCCGGAACGAAGAGCAAAAUGAAAUGUGCCUUCCAUCUCUGUCUCUCUAUCUGCACGUGGCAUAAUAAUUUCAUGCCUUCCAUGCCUGCUGAAUUAGCCCACCAGUCGAGUCCUCUCCAAAGGGGGUUGCCUGGUAGCAAGGUCUCCCCCUCCCCAGGAGGAGAAAGAGAGAGGAAAAAUAGAACAAUCAGCCAAUCGCCUGCUUGGAGACCCGAGAGGAGAAAUUCUGCUUUUGCAAAGAGCAGGAGGGGAGCAAUCGCUCUGCCACUUAAAACCGGCCAGCCCUUCUUUCCUCCUGGCUUUUUCCAACUCGCAGGACGCCUGGGUCCUUUCGGAGCUGGGCGGUGGUCCCAGGUGGCUGGAUGGUUGGGCCGGCAACCCAUUCAGAUGGGAGCACCAUUCCUGCGUCCCAAGAUUUCCUCUGCGACGGAAUAAGAGCCCUCUACUCUGAAAGGAGCGUGCCCGUUUGAUGGCAUGUGUUGCUGACGGAUGCCAACUUUGUGCCCGAGAACUGGUCCCUUGUGUGUUCCUGGUCCUCAUUGAGUUUCAGGAGAGCACCCUGCAUUCUGCAAGGAACCUGAGAAGCAGAGGGCACUGCAAAUAAUGUGCAAGGAGGACUCUGGAGUCAGAGAGAUGCAGGUCUCCUUCUGAGACUUCAGGGGAGGAGAGAGUCGUAACUGUCACCGGAUUGGCUCCUCUUAGGAGGACGCCAAGCCAGGACGAGAUCUGCAACGUGUCCCUCAGCCCCUGAGUCCGCCAGAGUUUCCUGGAUUCCCAUUUGAGGAGCGGCGCAACAUCUCUCUCGCUUGGUGAGCUGUCCAAGGUGCUGAAAACUCUGGCCAAAGGACGUCCCAAGCCCCAAUUCGGGGUCCCUCAGCCCUGAGUCUGCCAGAGUUUCCUAGAUUCCCAUUUGAGGAGCGGCGCAACAUCUCUCUCGCUUGCUGAGCUGUCUGAGGUGCUGAAAACUCUUGCCAAAGGACGUCCCAAGCCCCAAUUCGGGGUCCCUCAGCCCUGAGUCUGCCAGAGUUUCCUAGAUUCCCAUUUGAGGAGUGGCGCAACAUCUCUCUCGCUUGCUGAGCUGUCUGAGGUGCUGAAAACUCUUGCCAAAGGACGUCCCAAGCCCCAAUUCGGUGCUCCUGGCCAGCAGAGGCUGCUCUCGACGAAAAGCAGAGCCAUGCUAGUGGGCUCAUCCGUCUCCGACUUCAACGAUUCCUUCCUGUUCCCAAACAGCUCGGCGUGCACCACAGGGCUGUGGUGUGCCAAUGUCUCGGAGCCCCGGAGCCCGCCGCGAUUGGUGGACGCGUGGCUGGUGCCCCUCUUCUUCGCCGUCCUGAUGGUGGUGGGUCUGGCGGGCAACUCCCUCGUGAUCUACGUCCUAGCCAAGCAAAAGCAGAUGAGGACGGCGACCAAUUUCUACAUUGCGAACCUGGCCGUUACGGAUAUCAUUUUCCUGAUCUGCUGUGUCCCAUUCACGGCUGUCCUUUAUCCUCUUCCUGGCUGGAUAUUUGGGGAGUUUAUGUGCAAAUUUGUCAAUUACAUCCAACAGGUCUCUGUGCAAGCCACAUGCAUCAUGACCGCUAUGAGUGUUGACCGUUGGUACAUAACCGUCUUUCCCCUUCGAGCCCUGCAGCAACGCACCCCCUUCGUGGCGGCCACGGUCAGCGCCAGCAUCUGGGUCGGUUCUUUCGCCGUCUCCACUCCGGUUUUGGUCUACAACCAGCUGACCGAAGGCUACUGGUUUGGGCCCCGGACCUACUGCAGUGAGACUUUCCCCUCCGUCACUCACGAGAGGGCCUUCAUCCUGUACAAUUUCCUCGUGGUUUACCUGCUCCCCUUGCUGAUCAUCCUCCUUUGCUACACUGCUAUGCUGUACCAGAUGGGACGCCCCCCGGUGGAGACCUCCGAGAACCAGGUCCGGCAGCUGGCUGAGCGCUCGGAAGCCAUGCGGGGCAAGAUAUCGCGGAUGGUGGGCGCCAUCGUCGUCCUCUUCGCCAUCUGCUGGGGCCCAAUGCAGCUUCUGAUCCUCGCCCAAGCCUUCGGCGCCGGUUUCCGCCGCAACUAUUACACCUACAAGCUGAAAAUCUGGGCUCAUUGCAUGUCGUACGCCAGCUCCUCCCUCAACCCCAUCGUCUACGCCUUCAUGGGCGCCAGUUUCCAGAGGGCUUUCCGCAAAGUCUUCCCCUUCGCUGCCAAGCGCCGGGUGGGCAGAUGCGAGCCCGGCGCCAACGUCGAGAUGCGGUUUGUCUCUUCGGGGAUGUAGGGCCUUCUCUGUGGUGUCCCCGACCCGAAGGGUCUUUCGCAGGAGCAAAAGCAAGCCAUGUCGCAUUCGCUUGUCCUUUUUCUCGCUCUCCGCGUGGCUGGGCUCGCUCGCUCGAGUCGCCUGGGGCGGUUUCCCUGCUGUUGCUGCUCUGAAAACACCCUAUGAGACACCCGAGAUGGGGGCAAGGAAGGUUUGGGAAAGGAUUUUGCCGGAGAGGGAGGCGAGGGGGCUGUUUGGCAGCCGAGGGCCGCUUUCUCCACCUGCGCAAGCUUCCGGGGGCCACACACUAGCAAUGGGCGGAACCAGAGGGGGAAGUGGGCGGGGCAAUGGAUUUGAAAACUCGCUUCUGUACUAGGUCAUCAUUGGGGUUCAAGGACAACGCAGGCAAGAAUGGCCAUAGCUGUCAACUUUUUUUUUGCGAGGAAUCCUAUUCGGAAUAAGGGAAGUUCCCUUAAAAAAAGGGAAACCUUGGAAGCUAUGAGAAUGGGGGGUGUCACCUGGGGACAGAUAGCGAAGUCCAUGGGGUGAACUGGGGUCUUAGGGGUCUCCCCACAAGUUGCAAUAAGCCCAGGUCUUUGCAACUGUUCUUUGCGAGCGCUAAAGAGAGGAUAUUCAGGCAGCGAUCAGUGCCGGAUUUACGUAUAAGCUAAACAUGUUCUAGGUUAGGGCCCCACUCUAUUGGGGGCCCCCAAAAAAUUAAAGGAAAA